AUGAGUGAUGAGAAAUGGAUAGAGAUGGACCCUAAUAGUUACGGAGUAGUAGUCAAGAUUGCACCUCAAAAACCGCACACAAAUUUAAAUAAAUCAUAUGCAAUGGGUUUAUUUAUGGAUCUUCUUCGCAAUCCAUGUCAUGUGGUUUGGGUGGAUUUAAACGAGUUUUCAGAGCUGAUCAUCCAAACUAUUCUUCUCAAAAAAAAAAAAAAAAAAAAAUUCCAAACCAACGAAACCAUGAACAAGUUAGAACCAAGUGUUAAAUACAAGGCCUUAAUAGUGAGUGAGGUUUUAGACGAUUUGCUUGCACUUCAAGAGCAUGACCGCCUAAUAUUCUUGGCCAUGAUUAAAGAUUCAGAUACCGAGUGGACUCCACUACUUACUAAACUCGUCGACCGAGUCAUAACUCACUACGAGGAGUACUAUCGAGUCAUUUCCAAGUUGAUCAAGGGAAAUGUACGUCUUAGUUUGAGGUCGUCCCCGGGGUGGCCUUCCUACCUCGAGGACCCCUUUCUUUGGGUUGGCGGGUGGAGGCCUAGUAUGGCCUUCCACCUCCUAGACUUCAAACCCGGGUUUCGACUCGGGGUUGGACUCGAUAGGUUGCUCAAGGGAGUGAACAUGGACGAACUUAAAGACAUUUCGCCGAGUCAGUUCGUUCAAGUUGGAGAGCUUCAGAGGCAGACCAUUCGUGAGGAGGCCGAGUUGACUCAUUCUCUUGAUGAUACGGCUCUUCCGAUGGAGAACGGUUUUACUGAGUUUGACUCGGUGAUGACAACAAAUGAUCUUAUUGUAGCCCAUAAUGAUGAUGAUGGUCAUAGUGAGUUAAGGGAUGUUUUCGGCAAGGCGGAUGAUCUACGGCUGAAAACACUCAGACUUUUUGUGCACAUCCUAAGUCCAAUCCAGGCCGUCCAAUUAUUUAUCCCCGCUGCUCAGCUUCAUCUAAAAGUUGAAGCGUGGGGUAAGAAUAGAGAGGAGGCGAAUACAAGAAAAGUCAAUAAUGCCCUUACUAAGGGUAAUGGGCAUUGUGUUUUUGGUGGGUUUUUCGAGACGUGGCUCCGCGAGCAAGAGGUAGAUCUCGAGGAGCUCAAGUCAGCGGCCGUGUCUUACACCAAGUCCUCUCGAUCGCAUACCGAGUCGACUCAGAUCCUCGGCGUACUAGUACGUCGAGUCAUGAGUCAUUAUGAGAACUAUUACCGAGUCAAGUGCGAGUCGGGGAAACAAAACGUCCUCAAUAUGAUUAGCCCUGCAUGGAAGUCUCUCCUUGAGCAGGCGUUCCUUUGGAUCGGUGGCUGGAGACCCUCUACGACUUUUCACUUGCUGUACUCAGCUGUCGGGUUACAACUCGAAGCUGGACUCACUGAGUUGUUGGCGGGGUUGAGUACCGGAGACUUGGCAGACCUCACAUCGAGUCAACUCACCCGAGUCAACGAGCUGCAGCUAAAGACUAUUAGAAAGGAGAGGGAGUUAACUGAAAUGCUGGCUGCUGUGCAAGAGACCGUAGCCGACUCGUUCAUGAUUAAGCUCUCACGCGUAGUCGAGACGACUGAGUCGGUAAACAAGCGAGUCGAGUCGAUACUUAGCAUUAAAGAGGACAAGUUUAAGGAGAUAUUUGGAAAGGCUGAUGAUCUACGUAUGAAAACGCUUAGAAAUGUAGUAGCCAUCUUAAACUCAAAUCAAGCCGUCCAUUUCUUGAUUGCUGCUGCUGAGCUCCAACUCAAGCUUCAUGAAUGGGGUAAGAACAGAGAUCAUUAAAGUAUUAAACUAAACACUAAUUUGUUGUACUCGUUUUUAACCCAAAAAAAAAAAAACACUAAUUUGUUAGAGUAUUAAGUACUUUCUUAAUCCGGUAGAUUUGAACCUAAGACCUAGAGUAUACUAAACACUAAUUUGUUGUACUCUCAGUCUUAUCCACGAUGUCAACAUAUAUUUUAUCAGUUCUUAUUUAGUUAAUUUGCGUAUUUCUUUAAUCAAGUUUG